AUGGUUGCAAAACAAGCUUCUGGUUCGAUGUCAUCAACUACAUGGGAUAUGUUGAGGCGAAGAGAGGAUACCAAAAGCUGGGUGGAUGUUGUAUGGUUCAAAGGAGCUAUCCCGAAGCUUAGUUUUAAUAUGUGGAUUGCAAACUAUGAUAAGUUACCCACACGAUCCAGGCUUGCGGCAUGGGGCUUACCUAUCUCCGCAAACUACCCCUUCUGCUCCAACUACGAGGAAACCAGAGAUCACCUUCUCCUAUCCUGUCAAUACAGCAAAGCCAUUUGGACGGAGAUUUUCAUCAGAUGCGACCCGCCACAAUCACCGCUAGCCAAUUGGUCUGAGCUCCUAUCUUGGAUCAGGACUGCUCCAUCUUCAAGGCUAACACUUCUAAGGAAGCUGGCGACACAAACAGCCGUCUACCAUAUGUGGAAACAGAGAAACAACGUCGUACACAAUCAUAUAUCCCUCUCCACCGCAAACGUGUUCCGUGCCAUCGACAGAGAGCUAAGGAAUAUCAUCUCAGCAAGGAGACACAUGAAGGGAUUUGACUCACUCAUGGUUAUGUGGCUGAGAUAA